CGUCAUCUGCGCACGCGGCGAGUCCGGUCUGUGGCUGCCUUUCGCCGCUCCCCUCCUCGGCCGCCCGCCCGCGCGACCGCGAGAGGCGGCGCCGGCUCAGGUCGUGUCCGGCUGCAGCGGGGCCUUUCCCCCUUCGCCCCGCGACGCAUGGACAAUGGGGGCGCCGGGACCGACCCGCUCGGCCCUCUUCUCGGGGAGGUGGAAAGGCCCCAGGCGGUGGCGGCGUCGUUGUCGUUGUCGUCGUUAUUCCAAGGCAGGGCUGCUUGGCCCAACCGGUUCUUGCUGUGCCUGUACGCGGUGGGCUUUCUGGAUUUCUUUGGUGUCAGUAUGAUUGUUCCCUUGUUAAACCAUCAUGUGAAAUCUUUAGGAGUGAGUCCAACAAUUGCAGGAGUGUUAGGUUCUUUAUAUGGAAUACUCCAACUCUUUUCCAGCACCAUAGUGGGAUCUUGGAGUGAUCUAGUUGGAAGACCCCAUUGCCUACUUGUAUGCAUUCUCUUCAGUGCAUUAGGUUAUUUUGUGCUUAGUAUGUCCACCAAUGUAUUUUUAUUUGCACUUGCUCGAACUUUUGUGGGUAUUUUCAAACAUACACAUUCCGUUUCCAAAGUACUCAUUUCUGACUUGGUUCCUAAGGAGGCACGUCUCUUAGUAAUUGGACAUUUCAAUGCAAUUUCAAAUUUCGGUUUCAUUUUGGGGCCAGUUGUUGGAGGCUAUCUUACAGAACAAGAGAAUGGCUUUUACCUGACUGCGUUCAUCUGUGGUUCCAUCUUUGUCUUGAAUGCUGCUCUUUUUUGGCUGCUGUUACGGUGUGGAAAAAGGAUGCAUAGCAGGGAAUGGACCAUUAUUAACAAAGCCAGAAACGUUAUUUCAGAAGAAGUAAAGCACAGCCUUCAGACCACAACUUCAUCUCACGAAGCCAUGCCGUCCAGUCGUCGUGGGAUCUCGUGCGUUCAAGUUAUGUCUGUGCUGAAGAGGCUCAGCCAUGUUGCAGAUUCUAAUCUGUGGGGUGUUUUUCUGGUUCGGCUCCUGAUGUCGGUUGCAGUUAUGCUGUAUCAUAGCAAUUUUGUCUUGGCCCUUGAAGAACGGUUUGGAAUUAAGCCCAAAUUAACUGGCUGCCUAAUUAGCUAUAGCAGCACACUUGGAGUAGCUGCUGGCUUUCUGCUUGGACCUAUCACUAAGUGUUAUAGGCACAAUACUUACACUAUGUUACUACACUCUACUCUUCUUACCUGCCUGUCCAUGUUUCUGUAUUCUGUUGCAGAAAGCCUUUGGGCAGUCGUCUUGUCUUGUACAUGUUUAGCAUUUUCAACCACUGUAGGGCGUACAUGUAUUACAGAACUUGAACUAACCCUGGGUGGGGAUCAGGCCAGUGGUAUGCUCAUUGGUGUUGGUCAGUCUGUUUCAGCUGUGGGCCACAUAAUUUCCCCUCUUCUCUCAGGUGUUGUGCAGGAAUAUAGUCCAUGUGGCCCACCAGUUCUUGGAAGCCUGUUGGGGCUUUCAGCAGUUCUCAUCAUGGUCUUCAAUAAACCACGAUAUUCUGUUAGGGGGACUAUGAAAUUUAAAAGUAUGUAAUGACUUAUUUGCAGAGCUUUUCUAAAAAAAAAAAAAGCCAAAAAUCCCCCAAAGGAAUGUCUUCUAAUAUAGGGAAAAGAGAAAAUUAUAAAACAGAGCAAUAACAUUUUAAAUCAAAUUGAAAUCCUUUAAACAGAAAGAGAGGGCCAUGUUUCCAGCUUCUUGUCUACAUGGAAAUUGGACCAGGGUUUUUUGAUGGUGCAGAAGCACACCAUAUUUCAAGCCUUAAUUAAAUGUUGCUUUGUACAUCAGUGGAGAAAAUGGGAGAAGACCUGCCAUCCCAGCAGGUACUCUGUCCCACUGAAUAAAGGCUUUGAAGAGAGUUUAAUUUGCUUAAUGGCAAUUUGGUUGUUGAGUUCAAUCCCCAAAGGAAUGACCUAGUAUUAAAAAAUAGCAUUCAUUUCUCAAUAAGAAACAGGUUUUGUUCAGAUUCUUCUAAAAUGAGUAUUGAAACUGAAAAAAAAUUUCUGUAAUUCAGUUGGCAAGAUUUCACCAAGUGAACUGAGCUCUUUUUAAAAUUAUAUACAUAGGUAGUCCCAGGUCUGUUUGCAUUCAGCCUUUCUCUUUUUCAUAUCAAAGAUCAGCUGCUUCAAAUGAAACAAUUGUUGAAUCCAGUCCCUCAGAAUUUGAAUAUAGGCUGCUAUUUAUUUAAACUGACAUUAGCAAAGCCUUGCAAAAGUGCUCACUGCUGAACACAACUUAACUUCAUGUUAGAACCUUCAAUAUAAAUACUAAUAUACAUUUCUUUGCAGCUGGUAGGUUGAAGUAAUACAACUCUGCAUUAGUAUUUGCAAGGGGGGGAAAGUAGGGUUCUGCAAAAGGAAAUGUUACACUUGCUAAAGAAUUGAUUUCACAUUCAAACAUUUAUUAACAGUAUUUGUAGAUCUCUCCAAUCUAGCUGAUUUAAAGAGAAAAAGAAAGGAAAUAUGUGUUACAGUCUUUUCCCUUGAAAUUCUGAUUAUUUCUAUCAGCCUUAUUCUUAGAACAGCAUUUCUCAAUCUUGGCAAUGUUAAGAUGUUGACUGGGGCAUUCUGGGAGUUAAAGUCCACACAUCGUAAAGUUGCCAAAGUUGGGAAACACUGUCUUAAUAGCAAUUUUAAGUAAAGAAGUGGUGAGGGUAUGAAAUAGUUUUUACACUUUAUAAAACAACCUGCCCUGCAAGAGAAAGACAUGGAUAUUUGCUCUUAAUGUAAUAAUAGAUCCUCUCUUCCAGUUCAGGGUUACUAGGUUAGGGGACUAACAGGCAUAUUCUGUUCUUAUUCAAGUUUACUUAGAAGUAAACCUUAGAAAGUUCAGUAAGAUUAAUUCCCAAGAAACUACAUCCACUGUCAAAGUUAAAUAGAACAUAUGUUUGCUCACAACCCAAAUAGUGUUCAAGCAAACUUUCUUCUAAACUUGCAACCCAAAGAUCUUGAUUUGGUUAUUUAACAUUAUGUAGCAAAAUAAGAAUUUGGGAAAUACUUAACAUACCUGUGGAGUACUUGGAGCAAAGAAAGCCAGUAAGAAGCUGGGCUCAGAGAUUCUGUUCUGUUGUGCAUCUAUUUGAAAUGAUUUUGAAUUACUUUCUACAAAGGUUUCAUUUUAAAAUUGCACUACAAUAUUGGUAAUGGAAAAUAAAAGAAAAAAAGUAAACCUA